GCUGGGGCCUGGCGGGUUCAGCGGCGUCGUUUUGCUCGCCUCCUUAUGGCUGGAGCGCUCAGGUUGCUUGGGCCGCGUCUGGGCUGGAGAUUCGCGGCUGCAGCAGAACCCCUUUACUCCAGCGGGCAGCCUCAACGAGGUCACCGCCUCACACCUUCAGAUGAUGAGAUGUACCAGAAGACAACCAUCCAGUCCUUGGAAAGAGAAUCCAAAGACAUCAUGUUUGUUGAAGGUUACACUAGCCGGGGCUUCACCAUCAGUGGCAACGGGGUGAUCGGGCCCUGCGCCAUCUUGCCACGAGCCAUCCUCCAGUGGAAUGUUGGCACACACAAGGACAUCACGGCUGAGAGUCUUGCACUAUUCCGCCUGCUGGAGCCCAGGAUAGAAAUCGUGGUACUGGGGACAGGAGACAAGGUGGAGCGGCUGGAUCCUGCUGUCAUUAAGUUAAUGCGUCAGUGUGGGAUUGCUAUAGAAGUACAGGACACGCCCAAUGCCUGUGCAACCUUCAACUUCUUAACAAAUGAGCGGCGAGUGACAGCUGCAGGCCUCAUUCCCCCUCCUGGUAUCAGAGAGGACAGUGGUGCGGCAGUUGGCUGAGACUCUGUGGGUAAGACUAUGAGUAGGAAGAGAGACUGUCAGCACCAAGAAGAGUGUUCAUCAAGUUUUCUGCCGCUUUCUUAAUGGCUGUGGCUGGGGGCCACUCAUGUUUGAGGCUGACGGAUGAGAGAACUUUGCCACACCUUCCUCCAGCCGUGAGGUGUAUAACAUUAGUAUUGGAGCAUGAACUAUACAGAGGAAGAUCAGAAUAAACUUGAAGCCACAUAACUCA